AUGUUCUUUGAUUCCAUGUCGGCAGAUGCCAAGUUAUUGCGACCAAUUCUCAAGGAACCUCCUAUCAAAGUGAACUCCAUCGAAUACUGGACUUCCCUCAUGGCAAACGACACCGCAAGUCAUCUGCUGUCAUUCUAUUUCACAUGGGAAAACCCAACGUGGAAUUUGAUUGACCAGGACACGUUUCUCCAGGACUUGGAAACCCACAAUGGAAGCCAUUGUUCUCGUUUGCUAGUGCAUGUUUUGCUCUUUUUUGGAAUAAGCUUUUCGUAUAAAUUGAACCAGAUCACCGAUAGAAGGGAGGAAAAGGUGCUCGGGCAAAAGCUCUACGAUCAAAUCAAACCGCUCUGGGAAACCGAGAAGGGGAAGCGGGACCUUCCUACCAUCCAAUCCGGGAUUCUGCUAGGGUUACUAUCCUGUACCUUUGGUGUUGAUCGACUGGGUACACAAUUUAUCAUGAAUGGGGCAAAAUCCUAUUCUCAACAGGGUCUACAUAUGCCAUCCGACCUAUCCCGAUCAAAUGGGAACAAUGACGAUAAAAAUGAUCUGUCGCCAUCAGAAUUGUCCCAAGAGAUGGUGUCUUGGGCGAUAUUCGAUGUCCAGACACUGGCCUCCCAGGUGUACCGAAAAGUGUCCCCCUGGCUAACACCUCCGCCCCUGCGCUGUUCGCCAGAACAGGCAGCAAGACUUGAUGAGCAUAUUGAAUGGUCCCCAUAUCCUUUCGAGUCACCUACGUCUCGACCGAACUAUUAUACUACUCUCCAGUUCCGAAGUGCACUGACAGCCAUUGUGAACGAGAUUGCUUUCUUCUCCCUGCAAUUCCAGGGACCUUCCAUGAGCGAUGAUGAUCAAGAUUAUUGCUGCCAGAUAUAUCAACGGCUCGUCAACUGGAAUAUCAGCUUGCCGAAAUCCGUCAAGCCAGAGCAUAAUACUACCCCACAUAUCCUCUGUCUACACCUCUACUACCAAGCAACCUUAAUAUCCCUAAGCACAAUAAUGACCACCCACCCACCCCUCGAAUCAACCAGCACCUCCCACACAGACUUCGAAAGCAUCAAAGAAAACGCAAUGGAAACAAUCGGCUCGCUAAUCCUGCUCUUCAAACACCGCCACGGCUGGAAAUCUAUCCCAAUCGUAAUGCUCCACUACUUCUGUCUCGGCGGCGUACACGCAACAUCCCGACUUUCGACCCACGAGCCGAAAUGGACGCUCGUCCUCGAAAGCUGCGUCGUGGGCCUGUGGCACAUGAGUCUCGGCUGGGGCAGACUAUGCAAAGCGUUUCUGCGAACGAUCGAACUCGUCCUCAAAUCCCAUGAUCCCGACCCGACUCUUAUUCCUUUGAGGGUGGUUGCUAUUUUUAAGCAUUUGAAUAGUGAUCUUUGGUCGGCGAAGGAUAGUGCUUCGCUUUCGGCGGAUUAUGUUGUGCAGAGGGUUGCUAGGAGUGUUAGUCCUUCUCCUUCUUCUGAUCCUGCUACCGCUACUGCUACUGCUGUUAGUGGACAGACGUUGGAGUCUCUUAUUCGGGCGAUGGAGAAUCUGUGA